ACCCUUUUUUUCAAGCCUCUACACUGCCUAGGCAGUCAAMGAUCAACAAUUUCGCCAAAAGGGAAGAAGGAAAAUCAAGACCCUAAUCAAAAAUUUCCGGGGAAGACCUCAAAACAACCCUGGAGCCAAAAAUGUACCGUAUCUAUCACCUGCGACAAUGGUUGGAGUGGUAUUCCUGACGUCCGCUUCGACGAAGGCCUUUCUUCAUCUGAUGGUGGAGGGGGUGGAGAYGAUGAUGAGGAUGAUAUAUCCUUCUAUACUCUUUUUGUAGGCCAGUGUGAGAAGUACCCUGCAAAAGAGUGCUCUCCACCCCCUAAAACAGAGUUCUUCUCCUUCCGUGUAAAAACUGGYGAUCACGAUGUGGCCGAGUGGUCUGCAGUCCACAUCAAUGAAUGUCUCUAUGUCCACGUACCAAAUGAAGAGAUGCAGCCAGGAAGCAAAGAAUGCUUUGUAUCUUUAYUGGAGUAUGCAGAAGAACAGCUCAACUGCACACAUGUGUUUGUUUGCCUCCUCAAAGACCGGCCUGAUAGAACAUCAAUGAUGAGAGCAUUCAUGUUCAUGGGCUUCCAAACAGUCAAACCAGGACAUGAAAUGGUUCCCGAGGACCCCAACUAUGUCUUCUUGGCAUAUACGAUAGAGUAACAAUGCUAGUUGCAUAUGCACUAGCUAGAAUAGCAACCAUUACCUACUAAGUAUUAAUUCAUGUAUAUAUGUUGCCGUUAUUUUAAUAUUAAACKCUUGAUCAAAAUCCUA